CAGCCCUCCGACGUACGGCAUGGUUUAUAUUAGAUGGACGGGGAUACAUGCACCAGCAGUCGACGCAGCCGCAAACGCUGGGAUAUUCCCUCUCCCAUUGGCCUCCUAGCCUGGAUAUACGAGAAACUCGUGACUUGGACAGAUGAUUACCAGUGGGGGGAUGACGAAGUGCUCACAUGGGUCUCAAUCUACUGGUUCUCCCAUGCUGGACCAACUGCGGCUAUCUGUAUUUAUCAUGAGGUCGGUACAGCCGGAGGAUUCCUCGCCCCGCCACGUCUUGCGAUCCCUAUGGGUGUUUCUUAUUUUCCAAAGGAGAUUUGUCCCGUGCCCCGAACAUGGCUACGCAUCAUCGGGAACACGUCUUUGUGGCCUCGCAUUCUGAAGGCGGCCAUUUCCCCGCAUAUGAGAGGCCGAAUGAACUAGUGGGUGACCUGCGCAAGAUGUACGCGCGUGGUGGGCCGGCAUACGGCGUUGUUCAGGGCAAAGACCGUUAUUGAACGCCCUCAACUUUUCCAAAGCGCAAGGGCGCAUCGGAGUCCGGAUGAAGUAGGUUACUCAUUCUCGACAUAAGAGCCGAUUGUACGAGUAGGCGAUAAUGUUCACUCCACU